GACCCUUUCACGACGUCUAAGCUUAGAAGGUCCGGAGCUCAAAAGAAGCUGUAAGGUGUAGCGCUUCCGAAGGACAACAAGAUUUAUGGCCAGGCCCAUACACGACGCGUCCACUUUGUUGGCUCAAAAGAGCAGAAGGAGACGCGUCACGCAAGGGGGAUCCGGUUGAGACACGCACAGGCGCGUUUCGGCGUGUCAACGUUGCAAUUCAAAGGUUUGGGAACUUUAGAAGUUAUAUCAAAAGGUUCAAAGGGGGAUGCACAUUGCUGUACACACACAUUUGAUCUAAUUGUGAGGUAAUAAUUAUUUGUUUUGAUCAGUACCGCGUUUCUUGACAGUUUAAAGGUUUCUUGUGGAUUGUGUAUAUAUAAUUGAGUCUUUAUUCCUGUUUUCCUGUAACCGACGGUUUGUCUCAAGCUCUGUGUACCAGCGACCAUCCACCUCUUCGUUAUACUUUUGGAAACUAACCAUGUCUGACUCCCAAGCUCUAAACAUCUUGAUGAAAUCACCAGUUACGCCUGAGAUGAUCAACCACUUGGUCAACGUCACCUUGAAGGUGGUGCCUUGUAAGAAGUCCAAGACUUAUCCAUCACCACCUUCUUCACCUUCGUCACAUUCUUCAAAGAGAAACCAACUGCCAUCUUUGAUGACAUUCAUCUCGCGCAUCGUCAGAUACACGAAUGUCUACACUGGCACUCUUUUGUGUACGCAGGUUUAUUUGGAGAGACUUAGCUCCAAGUUGCCAAAGAAUGCUGAAGGCUUACCAUGUACACUUCACAGAAUUUUUUUGGCGUGUCUCAUCAUCUCUGCAAAGUUCAACAACGAUAGUUCUCCAAAGAACAAGCACUGGACCAGAUACACUGAUGGCCUGUUCAAAUUGGAAGACGUUAACCUCAUGGAGCGUCAAUUACUGCAGUUGAUGAACUGGGAUAUUACAGUGACAGAGGAGGAGCUGGCACGUUCUCUCAAGAGAAUGCUGGAUCCAAUCAAGCAGGACUUGAAACAAACAGCACGUUAUCGUCGUGCAAUCCACAAGCAUAGAAAUGUGGUCAACUGCGUUGUACCAAAAUGUCCAUUGCCUUCACCAAUGGACACUCCAACUGCCUACUACCAAACAAAGUAUCCAGUGUAUCAGCAACAACAACAACAACAACAACAACAACAACAACAUGGUCGUUCGAUGUCUGCAUCUUCAAUCUCCUCUCUUUCUUCAUCUUCCUCUAUGGAUUCGAUUUCUUCAAUUGACACUACAGGCUCUUCUUCAUAUCCAGUGAAUGUGAAAGUCUGUCAAUUGUAUCCAAGUCAGCAGAAGAAGCAAGUACUACAGCAAGAGGAAAAGUUUGAUGAUCUGUACUUGCCAUCUAUCUGGGCAUGAAUAAAGAUAGGGGAGUUUUUUAUUAUUCAAUUCGAUUUUUGGGGUUUAAAAGGUUUACAGUAUAUAGGUUUGGUUUAAAGUUUUAUCGGUUU